AGUCUUCUUUUUCAUUCAUCUCUUCUCUUGGAAAAAAUAGUUUAUCAAGUACAAAACACCCAAUUCCAUUCCAGAAAAUUGCAAAAUUUAUUUAUUUCUAUUAAUAUAAAAUAGCUUUUUAAUUAAUCACUUUCUUAUUAGUGUAUGGUUUGCUUAUUUAUGGAAUAAAUGCCUUCAAUUAUUUCAAUACUUUUCAUGUAAUAAGAAACAAUUAAAAAGAUUUUGAGUGGUUCGUUCAAUGUUGAAAGUUGUUUACCUUCUGAGUUCUAUUUGUGUACAAUUCAGACAACACUAUGGGUCAAAUGGUUGGAGUUCUUAAAGCACCUCUCGAAAAAUACUCGGGAAGCGUUUCCAAUUUACUUGGAGGAAGAAGAAAACGCAAACUAGUCAGCGGAUCAGACGCUGAGCUAAAUGACUCAAAUAAUAGUGAAUCUCAAACGCCAAAAAAAAAGAAAUUACUUACAACAACACAAUACAUUUAUCAAGCGCUCUUUAAAGAGCAGAAAAAUUCUGACAUAUCAGUGAUGGCACAGGGAAACAUUUGGCAUCUCCAUAAAGUAUAUUUAUGUCAGAGUCCAUACUUUUUCAGUAUGUUUAAUGGCUCUUGGAAAGAAUCAUAUCAGGAUUUUGUUCAUAUCAAAAAUCUUGAUUCUAAGAUAACCUUAGAGGCGCUGGACGCUGUUUUUGGAUCCAUGUAUUCAGACGAAAUUGAGAUCGAUCCAAAAGCUGUUAUAUCUAUUUUAGCAACUGCAACUCUUUUCCAACUCGACGGAAUAAUUGAAAAAUGUAGUGAAGUUAUGAUUGAAACAACAAAUGCAUCUACUGCAAUCAGCUAUUAUGAAGCUUCCUGUCAAUAUGGAACAAUUAAUGUUAAAAAGUCUGCAUUUGAGUGGUUGGAAACGAAUUUAUUGUGUAUUUAUAAUAAAAAUACAAAACUGCUUAAGGACAUAAACAUAGACUUAAUGACUGCAUUAAUAUCCAGCCCGGACUUGUAUGUUAUGCAAACUGAGUUCUCUUUGUAUACCCUGAUUCGGACGUGGAUGUAUAUGAGAUUAUUUCCAAAUUACGAUCCGGAAAAUUGCUCUGCUGAGGAAGCAAAUGCACCACAGAAUUAUUUUUCAAAUCGACACGAUAAAAACUCAUUCUUGGAAACGUCAGAAGGCAAUCGUUUUAUAAAAACUUUUCAAGCUUUGCGUACCGAGUAUCUGACUAAUCAUCAUAUGGAUUUAAAGACUGUACUUGCUGAUAAUAUUAUCCCAAAGGAAUGGUUAAAUUCACAUGUUAUGAAUCAUUGGAAUUCCAUUUUGAAAGUUGACCAUCUGCCAGAAGAUGGCCCACGCCAACUAGAUAAAGAUAUAUUCUUCAAUAAUUGUAUGCGAUGUGGUCGUAUACUUCUCGAGCCCGGCUAUCAGAAAUGGAGGUGGACCGGAUUUAAUUUUGGUUUAGAUAUUAUUCUUAUCGUAGAUUCUAGAGUACUAAGUAUAAGGCGGCACCAUAGAAACGAACAUGAACGUUUGUUAAGUCUUCAAACUAAACGACAGUUUAUGAUAAGAGUAUCUGUAACAUCAAUUAAUUCACAACGUCAACGUGCCUUUACCCAGAAAUCUGAUAUUACUUCCUUAUCUUUGGAAAAGAAUGAAGAAGUUACGCUCAUGCUAUUGGACACAAAACUGGUGCAUCCUUUAUUGAUAUCGGUGAAUCUUCUUGUAGUCACACCUCCUACAAAUCAAGGUUUUAAGGAAAACCUGCUUGCUAGUGACGAAACAAAUCAGAUUCCAAUAUCAGAAAUUGGUGGUGCUAAUGUAAUUCUUGAUGCUGCAACUAUACUUUCAGAUCCAAGUUCUUCAUCAAGUUCAUCAAACUCAACAUCGUCUUCUUCGAGUCCCUCUUUUGUUUAA